CGCACCAGUCAAGAACAGAGAAUCGGCUAAAAAGACGGAAUUCGGAGUCGAGUCCGGACUGUAAAUCGGGAAUCCAUUCGCAGAUUGUUAUUCUGCCCGAGAAUUCGGACACUCGAUAAAAACACAAUAAAACAACAGAGGCAAAAAUGCAACUGCAGCGAAAAGUGCUCGAGUGUUCGAAGGUGUGAGUGUGUUUGUGUGAGCGCCUUUUAUCGAUCACACGCUUCGCACCACCGCUCGUCCCCUCGCUCCUCCUCCUCCUUCGCCAGCACCUACCUCCCCCUGGUCCCUCCCUUCUCUCCGUGCACUCCAAUUGAAUUUCAAAGCUGAAAAUCGGGAAAUUAUACAAUUGCAUUCGCAAUUACGACGUAUACACGUUCGUACGUACAGCACCCCCGAAAAAAAGCUGAGGAAAUCACAAAAACACACGAAUCAAAGACACGGCAUAGACAGGAGGGGAAAACAAAGUCAGCAGCAAGGAAAAACGCAGAAUAAAAACAAAAACACCACCAGUCGGAAAAAAAGAAACAAGGAAAAGGCAGCGGAAAAGCAAGGAAAACAAACAUUUUAUAGUGACCUCAACUGCAGCUGCAAGUGCAAGUUAAAAAUACACAAAAAACCAAGCGGAAAUAAUGCAAAAAUAGCAGAAAAGUCAAAUAACCCAAAAAGUUAACAGUAAACCAAAAAGCACAAACGGGAGGAACUCAAAAGCAAACUGUUUGGCCCGCCGCACAAAGAGAAUUCUUAAUCGCUCGUAAACCCAUUUAAAUAUUUACUUAAAUAUAUAGGCAUACGCCUCUAUCGUCUGUGAAUUUAUCAAACUUAAAAACGAAAACAAACAACAAAAAGAAAAACGGCGACAAAACUCAAUAACAAUUGACACAUGCACACGCACAGACAAACAAACAAGAGCACAGUUAGAACAAUUGCAGUGGGAGAGCGCGAGUGAGUGAGCCAAGUGAAUGAAAGUGUGAGAGAGCCAAGAUAAAACUUACGCUCCGUCGGUGGGUCUCUCUAUCAUCAUCUCCCCCCACGCUCUCUCUUUCUCUCUCUGUCCCCCAUCUGUUCCACUAGCGGAAUCUCGCUCUCUGCUGCUCCUCCGCUGCUUUGGCCAUUCGCACGCGGGCACCGACGCCAAUCGGACGUUCCUCCUCCUCCUGCUCCUCCAUCUGUCCUUCUCCACUCACACUUUAACUUCUUCGCGAACCGCCUCCGCCGUCGCGUGUGUGUGUGCAGAAAAAGAAAUUCGAGGAAGCCCGGGAAAUCGAAUUAUAAUAAUUCGCCGUAACAAGGUGUAAUUUUCGGUGCACCAUGGUGGACAUAAACACCUCGAAUCCCGGCAAUGCCGGCAGCAACAUAAACUCCGCCUCCUCCGCCCGCCUGCGUCGUUUCGAGCGGACGGACAGCGAGCUGGCGUGCGAAGAGGCGGCCAGGCUCACCGCCGAGCAGAGUCCCGAGGAUGAGGAUAACCAGGACAAUGAGGAUGAGGACGAUGACGAAGUGAGCGACUACGGGGAGUUGCCACCGCCGCCGGACGGCGGUUAUGGCUGGGUCAUCUGUUUCGCCAGCUUUAUGUGCAACAUGAUCGUGGACGGCAUUGCCUACACGUUCGGCAUCUUCCUCGAGGAGUUUGUGGCCUAUUUCCAUGAGGGCAAAGGCACCGUGGCUUGGGUGGGCAGCCUCCUGUCCGGAGUAUACCUCAGUGCCGGCCCCAUUGUCUCGGCGCUGGCCAACAAAUAUGGCUGCCGAGCAGUCUGUAUAGCCGGCAGCAUCAUAGCCUGCAUCGCCUUCGUCCUGAGCACCUUCAGCUCCAAUGUGAGCAUGCUGAUGGCCACCUAUGGAUUCAUGGGUGGCUUUGGCUUCGGCAUGAUCUACCUGCCAGCAGUGGUGGCCGUGGGCUACUACUUCGAGACGAAGCGGAGUCUGGCCACUGGCAUCGCCGUCUGCGGCUCCGGCUUUGGCACCUUUGCCUUUGCUCCGCUGGCCACCUAUUUGCUGGAGGAAUACGGCUGGAAGAAUGCCCUGCUCAUCUUUGCGGGUUUGAUUCUCAACUGUGCCAUCUUUGGUGCCAUGAUGCGACCCCUAACCUAUCCCAAGAAGAAGAAGGUGAAGCCCCUGAUGCAAAGGAUGUACGAGGAGAAGCAGCUUCAAUUGGAACGCGGCUCCUUUGCGGGAUCUCACUUUAUGGUGCAGCUGCCGGAUGGAACCAUGGAGCGAAAACUGAAGAUGCCACUGAAUGCGGAUCCCGGUGUGCAUUCCAGCUUGAAUCUGGAACUGCUGGCUCAACAGGCCGGAGGCGGUGGCCUCCAUCCCGUGUCUACCCUACCGACCAUCACAGAGUCCAAAGUGGUCGAUGUGCAUCAGCAGAAUGGUGCUCAAUCGCCGCCCAAUGGUGACAGCAAUGGCCAGUUAUCCGCCAGAUCUGCAGCUGGAGGUGGCCGUCGGCAGCACAGGGCUUCAGAGUCGGAGAACAGCCCGUAUCAUUCGCAGGAUGCCAUGACCCGGAAUGCCUCACAGCCUGCUUUCCUGGCCGGCGACCACCAGAGCUUGCCCAAAAACGGAUCAGUGCCAUCGUUCAGCCGGGUGAGGAAGACCUCCGCAUCGGAGCGCUAUCAACCUUCGUUGGCUGCCAUUAGGGCUUCGUCGAGGGGUGACUUGGAGGCUGGUGCUGGCGGAGAUUUCAUCUCCUCCAAGCUGUCGCUCUCGCAGAGACAGGGAGGCAGCCAGUCGGGCAGUAGCGGUAAAAUGGUUCGUCCCAUGUCCCGCAAGGAUAUCUUCUACUCUGGAUCCGUGACCAACCUGCCGCAAUAUCAGUCCCAGAAGUCGCUGACAAACUACAGGAACUCGGUGCUCUCCCUAACCAAGUACGAGAAAAGCAUGCAGAGUGUGGCCAAGCUGGAUCCCCUGGCCGAGGCCGAGAAGCAUCGCGAGGAAUACGAUCUGUGUCCCUGCCUGGGCAUUCCCGAUUCCGUGAAAUCCGUUGUGAACACCAUGCUGGACGUGAGCCUGCUCAAGGAUCCCGUAUUCAUGCUAAUCGGAGUCUCGAAUAUCUUUGGAAUGGCUGGCCUCUAUGUACCCUUCGUCUACCUGGUCGAUGCGGCCAAGGAGCAUGAUAUCCCCAAAAACGAUGCUGCGAUGCUGCUGUCCAUCAUUGGCAUCACCAACACCGUGGGCCGUGUGUUCUGCGGCUGGGUGGCGGAUCUGCCGCAGGUGAACUCAUUGCUACUCAACAACUGCUGCCUGCUGGUGUCCACCAUUGCGGUCACAUUGACGCCACUGUGCUACAGCUAUGCAGCCUACAUCACCAUGUCCAUAUUCUUUGGACUGGCCAUCUCGGGAUACAUCUCGCUGACGUCAAUUAUCCUGGUCGAUUUGCUCGGCCUGGACAAGCUCACAAAUGCCUUUGGAUUGCUGAUCCUGUUCAGAGGAUUCGCUGCCCUCAUUGGAACGCCUCUGGCAGGCGCCAUUUAUGACAUGACGCACACCUAUGACCUGCCCUUCUACAUGGCCGGUGCUCUGUUCGCCAUCUCCACGAUAACCAGUUUCCUGGCUCCCUGCCUAAAGCGAUGCAGUCCCGAAGAGGAGACGCCCGUACAUGUGGAGACUCUGACGCCCAUUGACGAGGAGCAGGGCGAGGAUGCCGAGGACGACGAGGACCAGCCCAUCACCAUUGUGCCCAAGAUCAUCAAGACGCUGGCGAGUCCGCAGCAGGAGGAGGGACAUCCGCAGUUCCCGCAGAAAACGAAUGAAUCGAAGCUCUAAACGGGAUCAGCUGGAUCAGUGUGAGAAUAUGAUGAAGAAUUUAUGGGUCAUUGCGAGGGGGCUCAAGAUCCGGUGAGAUAUUUUUCUAUUUACUUAUACAGCAAAUAACGUGGAGAAGGAGAUGAUCAGAGAUCGAGCGCACCUAUAUACAAAAGCAGAGGAAAUGCAGGCGGAUAUAUAGAUAUAUACCCGUACCACACAUAUAUAUAUAUAUAUACCUUUAAGCCUAGGCAACGACGGAGCGGAGGACGUGAUGGAGAUGAAGAAAUUGAACUUUUCUACCAAGAGAACUCAGCUUAGCUUGCGAUAAGAUAGAGAAAUCAACCUUCGGCUAUAUAUAUAAACUAUAUUACGCUCAUAAAUUACCGAUCGAAAACUGAUACUGAUCGUUUUUUUGUAGAUUGCAACUGUUAUACAGCAACCACUAAAUAUUGUAAAGCAACUUCUAUUAUUAUAAUUAUAAUUUGUUUGUUAAAGCCCUACGAUUACUAUGAUUACCACUAUUAUUACUAUUAAAAAUUAUUGUGUACGUACUACUACCAUAUAAUAGUUGUUGGCCAGGUGUUAUAAAUGUGUCAUAACUUAGCGAUAUAGCGUGUGUGUAAACUGUACAUCGUAGCAAAGUAGAAACGAGAACCGGAAGGUGGCCCCGAUUAACUUAAAAGCGGCAGAGCAACUAUGGCAAAACUAAUAAAUUGUAUAUUUUUUAAGCAGAGAGAAAGAGAGUUGAACGCUACACAAACUAUAUUAAAGAAAGAAAAGCGAAGCGACACAAAGAACCGCA